AUGGGAGGCUCUCGUAACGGUCAGUUCUCGAUUAAGUCUGCAUACUAUCUCUUAUCCCUCCAAAGAAAAGAAGAAGUGGCCGCUAUAAGUUCAUCUUCUUAUCAAUCAUUGAGAGCAAAUAUUCCUAACAAGAUCUGGAAUUUUAUUUGGAAUUGCCAUUCACUUCCAAAAGUUCGCUCCUUCCUUUGGCGUGCGUGUGCUAAUGGUGUGGCUUCUGCUGAAGGGCUCAAUCGUAGACAGGUUCCUAUUGACCCAUCUUGUCUAAGAUGUGGUGCAACAUCAGAAUCAAUUGACCAUGUUAUAUAUCUUUGCACUUUUGCCAAGAAAGAGAACACGCCCCCAUCUGAUGUAAUUCAAAAAGCAAAGUCUCUAUAUGAAGAAUUUUGCAAAGCAACUAGGCCCUCUACAGAGAAUGCUUGUGAUGAUGACCAUCCUCCUUGCACGCCUAUUAAUGUCCCUUGGUCUAUUUCUCACGGAGAGAUUAAAAUAAACUCAAAUGCUUCCUAUGUGAAAGAAACCUCUGUUGGUGCCUUGGGAUUUAUCUUUCGUGAGCAUCCUAAUCUCCCUAUUCUUGCUGUCUCUGUCCCGACUAGACUUUCUUCUAUCACUAGUGGGGAGGCUGAAGCUAUCAAAGAGGGAAUCUUGAAUGCCAUCAGCUUGGGAUACUUUAGACUUCAAGUGGAUUCUGAUAACUUAGAGGUGAUCAGGUGCCUCUUAGAUCCUACUAGAAAUGCUCCAUUGGAGAUUCUUCCUACUGUUGAGGACAUUAGAUUCAUUUGCUCUUCCCCAAUUAGUUGUUCAUUUAACUAUGUUCCAAGGGCAGCUAAUGGUAUAGUUGAUUCCCUUGCCAGGAAAGGCCUGUCCCUCCAAUGUAUGACAGUGUGGCCUAAUUCCACUCCUUGGCUUUUACAACUUUGUAAUGAUGAAGCCGCAGUUUGUAACCGGAACCCUAUUCAAUAA